UGGCGUUGUGUUCCCACAUUUAUUAUGCUCGGGGUUCUGCUAAACAGUUGCAUAAAGAAGCGCUUACCGACAGAUACAUACAACCACCGAGAUGACUUGUUUCUCUUAAAGAAGGAGUGCUGUGUGAGCAGGAUGACAGAGUACGAUCACACUUCUCUGUGGAAUCUGCGCAUGUUUAGCGCACUGUAGUGCCAGAGGAGCACUGAUUACAACAGAAAUGUGACACUCCCGCCCUCCUCUGCUUCUGGGGAAUGGAUUAAUGUCAAAGACUUCAUCCUUCCUAAAGGUUCCAUCUUGACGAUGCAAAACGGUGGCUGGUGAAGAGCUCCCUGCCUCUCAGAAAUGCCCAGACGGGGGCUUCCUCUGCAGGGGCGGGCACGUUGGCUUCUCCUGGGCGUAUUUCUGUUGGUGAUACUGCUUCUCUUUGCUUAUCUGCUGGAGUGCACACCGCCUGCGGACGUGAGCCAGGUGCUGCCGGGUCUGGCAGGAGAUCCGUAUGGAAAAGAGUAUUACCAGGCCCUCUUACAGGAGCAGGAAGAGCGCCAUCUCAGCCGAGCAGCCAGCCUGAAGAGGCAGAUCGCACAGCUCAAACAAGAGCUCCAGGAGAUGAGCGAGAAGCUGCGGGUUCUUCAAGAGAAGAAGGAAGGUCCCGGGCCGCAGAGUCUUAUCGACGGCAGGGAUCAAGAGCCGGGUGACCUCCUGGAGUAUCUGCAUUCACAGAUAGACAAGGCCGAGGUGAACACUGGAGCCAGGCUGCCCAGUGAAUAUGCGCUGGUUCCUUUUGAGAGCUUCACCACCACUAAAGUCUACCAAUUGGAGAUGGGUUUGACGCGCCAUCCUGAGGAGAAACCUGUGAGGAAGGACCGGAGGGAUGAGCUGGUGGAGGUGAUCGAAGCGGGUUUGGAUAUUAUUAAUAACCCCGAGGAAGACGAUGGACAGGAGGAAAACAUUCCCAUGCAAAGGCAGACCUUCACUGAAAGCCAUUUUUUUGAAGGGCUCUACAGGACGGAGAGGGACAAAGGCACACUGUAUGAGCUCUACUUCGCUAAAGAGAAUUCCCAUGAGUAUCGUCACGUCACCCUCUUCCGGCCAUUCGGGCCCCUCAUGAAAGUGAGGAGCACGUCUGUGGACACCGCCAGCGCUGCCAUUAACAUCAUAGUGCCGCUGUCGGGACGCACUGAAGCUUUUGUUCAGUUCUUGCAUAACUUCAGAGAGGUUUGUAUCCAGCAGGACAAGCGGGUCCAUCUCACAGUGGUGUAUUUUGGGCAGGCGGGCUUGCAGGAGGUGAAGGAGUCUCUGAGGAAAAUGGCCAGUGAAGAGAGCUUCAGUAACUACACUCUGAUCCCCGUGGAUGAGGAGUUUUCUCGAGGCAGAGGUCUGGAUAUCGGAGCACACGCGUGGGAGAAAGGAGGAGACGUGUUGAUGUUCUUCUGUGAUGUUGACAUCUACUUCACACUGGAGUUUCUCAGCACAUGUCGACUCAAUGCAGCUCCAGGAAAGAGAGUUUUCUAUCCAGUGGUUUUCAGUUUGUACAAUCCAGCUAUAGUUUAUGGAAAUCUGGAGUUUCCGCCACCCAUUGAGAGUCAGCUGAUUCAUAAAAAAGAUGCCGGGUUCUGGAGGGAUUUUGGAUUUGGCAUGACUUGUCAGUAUCGCUCUGAUUUCCUCAAUAUUGGAGGAUUUGACCUGGAAGUGAAAGGCUGGGGUGUUGAAGAUGUGCACUUGUACAGGAAGUACCUGCGGAGCGAUCCGAUCGUGAUCCGCACCCCCGUCUCAGGCCUCUUCCACCUGUGGCACGAGAAGAUGUGCGCUGAUGAACUGACCCCAGAGCAGUAUCGCAUGUGCAUCCAGUCCAAGGCCAUGAACGAGGCGUCUCACUCGCACCUGGGCAUGCUGGUCUUCAGAGAGGAGAUCGAGACGCAUCUGCGCAAACAGGCCUACAAAACCCAGAGCAGACCCGCAGAAUAAAGCACAUACACAAGCAACAGCAGCGGACAAAAGUAACUUUUAUUUUAAAAUAACCCAUCAAUUACAGAAUAUUAAAGGCUUAGUUCAGCCAACAAUUUAAAUUGUGUUAUUAAUUACUCAUUCCAGUCCUAUUGAGACCUUUGUUCAUCUUCAGAACACCAAUGAUGAUAUUUUAGAUGAAAUCCUGGAGCUCUCUGACCCUCCAUAGACAUCAGCAGUUCUGAGAUGUUCAUGGUCUAAAAGAAGAACCAAAAUCCCUCCAUGUGACGUCAGGGGUUCAACUGUAAACAUACAAAGCACCAUACACACUUUGUGUGCCAAAAAACUGUAAAAACAACUUGUUCUUGGAGCUUUUAUGGGCAAAUUUAAUCUAAAUCAUCUUAAUUUUUGUAAACAAAGAUGAGUGAAGGUCUCAGGGGAAUGGAAUGACAUGAUGAUGAUGAGUAUAUUAAUAACAGACUUCUAUAUUUUGGGUGAACUAACCCUUUAAGUAUGGUAGAAGGAUGGUACCGAUUGGUAUUAAUAAACCGUUUACAUUAUUUACACUUGAUUUAGGUUUUCCUCCAAGACUUUUUGGAUUUCUAUGUGAAUAACGGUCAGUUCCUUUUUGGAAGUGAAUGGAAGGUGAGCUGCAGAGACGUAAUGUGGGCCACAUUUAUGAAAGCUAUUUGACUUGUGCAGCUACAAGCUAUCUUAUUGAGCAGCUUAUAAAAUGUUUUCUACAAAUGAUUUGCACAGAAGUUGGUCUGCUCAUUAAGAUGUGCCAAGUGUGAAGCAUGUCUGUUGGUUUUUUAUGUUGAAAUGAACUGGUAGAGCCAUAUGUUGCGUUUUUAUAUUACUACUGUCGAAAGUGUUUGCGUCGACACAGAAAGGGAGAAGUUUUGCAUACAUUGAUGAAAGAGACAAUCAUUCACAAACUGCUCAUGCUGGAUUUGUUCUGUAGAAAAGGUUUGUGUUGGAACAGUGUUCAGACUUUUCACAAAAUCUUCCACAGUUUAUUUGCUGUUUAAAUAAGCAUGGAGCUGAUUUGCAUUUUGAUGCAUGUGUCAGGCUUUUACUUUACACCGUGUGUGAGGACACUGCUCAGUGCCAUACAGUUAAAAGGUUAGUUCACUCACAAAAUGAGAAUUCUGUCAAUUUACUGACCCUCAUCAAGAGCUUUAUUUACAGUUGAAGUCAUAAUUAUUAAC